AAGUAUGCCAGAGAGAGCUGAUAAGUAUUUAACACCUGCUACUCGUCUCCUUGAGAAAAGAAGAGAAAUAUUAGAAAUGGAGCAAGCUUUAAGUACACAAAAAGAAGAGUUUCAAUUGCAGAUGGAGAGUGUAAAGCAGCGUAGAGAGCAACUAGAUCGAAAAAAACAUGAACUCAAAGAAUCUCUUCUAAAAUUUGACAAGUUUCUUAAGGAAAACGAUUCAAAGCGUGCACGAGCAAUAAAGAAAAUGACUGAUGAAAGAGAAGCAAAACGAGGAAAAGAAAGAGAAAUUGAAAAGCUUGAAGAGGAGAUGCGACAGCUGAUAAAAACUAGGGAUAAAAUACAAAAAAAGGCAGAAAAAUACUCUGUUUGUCAACGGUAUCUUGAUAAAAUUAUAGAGAUUUCUGAUGAAUUUCAAGAACUUCGAGAAAUCACUGCUCGUUAUGACACCCUUAUCAACACUCACAAUGAAUUGCUAGCAAGAGAAAACAAGCAUCAAGAUGAUAUUGAAAACGAAAAAUCUAAACUCAGUAAAUUUGUUGAGAAAAAAAAUAAUGAAAUGCUUAGCUACAACAAUCAGUUAGCUCAGCUUCAAACAGAACUUGAAAAAGAACAAAGCAACGCUUUAAAAUGGGAAUCAGAGUGGACCCACAUACAAAAUACAGCUGCUAAGAAAACCUUGUUGUUGGGGAAAAUUAAAAUGGCUACUCACAAUUUGUUCCAGUUAAUCAAUAAAAAUGCAAAAGAAGCGGAAACAGUCGAAAGCACAGUUGAACAGCUCAAUAAGAUUCAAACUUUUAUUCAAGAUCUUUCGCAAAUAACAAACGAGAUAAAAAGAUCGGAAAAUCUAAACAUAAUAUAAUAUAUAAAUUUUGCUGUGUACUGUUCUAUAUAAGUUGUUGCUGUGUACUGUGUUGUAUAAAUUGUUGUUUUCUACUGUUGUUGUGUACUGUUCCAUAUAAGUUAUUUCUUUGGGGUUUUUUUUUGUACUUUCGUUGUAUACUGCUGCUGUAUAUUGGUUAACAUAUUUGGAAAUAUAAAGCCUGUUUCUCAUUUUAGUUUAUAAAAAUCCGUCUUUUACCAAUAUAGU